AUGCGUGAUGGGUUUCGGAGUUUCCCUUCUGGACAUUCGAGUCUAUCGUUCGCAGGUCUAGGGUUCCUUUCGUUCUAUUUAGCAGGGAAACUGCACCUUUUUGAUAAGAGGGGACACGCCGUACGUUCCCUUUUCCCUUUCAUAUCUUCGGGAAUCAGACUCACGUAUGAACGAAAUGGCACACAGGGAAAAGCAUGGUUAUCCCUUACCCCGUUCGCAGGCGCUGCUUUGGUGGCUAUUUCGCGGACUAUGGAUUAUCGACACCACUGGCACGACGUCCUAGUAGGCUCCAUCAUCGGCACCGUCCUCGCCUACUUCUCCUACAGACAAUACUACCCCUCCCUAUCCUCGGAACUCUCCCAUCGCCCGUAUUCACCUAGGAUCAAGGAUGAGCUAGAUGCGAACCUGCAUAGGAAUGAUCUCGAGUCGCCGGUGCUUAUGGCGAAUCAACAACAAGGUCCUGCGGCCCAUCGAAGACAAGAGUCGGCGGUUCAGCAGCAGCAGCAGCAGCCGCUGACUGCGACUGCGCAGGAGGAGGAUUAUGAGCUUGAAGGGACGGCGCCUAGGCCCAGUGGGCCGGGGCAUUUGUAUGAUGUGUGGAGUGAGGGACGGAAGGAUGAGGUGUGA